AUGGCAGUGGGGCAGAUUUGCUCCUCGGCGUCAAUGACGCUCAACCUGGAGCAGUGCGUCAAACUCGUCUCCAAGGCGGCGGCUGCAGGUGCAAAGGUUCUCUUUCUCCCCGAGGCAUCGGAUUACAUUGGUACUUCAGCGGCCGAGUCCCUCUCGCUCGCUAGACCGGUAGCAACCUCACCGUUUGUGACGGGUCUGCAGUCCGCCGCGGCCCAACACUCCAUCGCCAUCCACGUCGGCAUCCACGUGCCCGUGGCGGUCAAGGCGCUGGGGUCGUCUGCCGUCAACCCGGUGCUCACAUCGGCACCUCAAGAAAGCUCCUCGUCAGAGGAAACAGCAACUACAAAACUCUAUAACCGCACCAUUUGGAUUGGCGAAGACGGACAAAUUAAUGAAAAGGCCAACUAUGACAAACUCCACCUCUUUGACUAUGCCUCGCUGCGCGAGUCCAACUCGACACAAGCCGGGUCGUCAUUCACCCCGCCGUUCCCGUCGGCUCUAGGCCGCGUCGGAUCCCUCAUUUGCUUCGACAUGCGAUUUCCAGAGGCGGCCCUCCGCCUCGCCAAGCCGGGUCCCCGGUCCGGGUUCGCACAUGCCCCGGCGCAGAUCCUGACGUACCCAUCGGCCUUUACGGUGCCCACGGGACGAGCGCACUGGGAGGUGCUCCUCCGCGCCCGCGCCAUCGAGACCCAGAGCUGGGUGGUGGCGGCGGCGCAGGUCGGGCGGCACCACGGCCCCGGCGGCAAGCGCGUCAGCUACGGGCGCAGCCUGGUCGUGGAUCCCUGGGGCAAGGUCGCCGUCGAGCUCGGGGGCGUCGUGGGCGAGGCUGAGCAAGACUGGGAGGCCGAGGACGGCGCCGUCGGUCAGCUGGGCUUGGUGGAUAUUGAUCUGGAACAGCUGGCUUCGGUGCGGGAAAAGAUGCCGCUUAUACGACGGACGUGA